AUGGCGGCGGCGGGGCCCGCGGGUCCGGCCGGGCCCGAGAGCCGGGUGCUGGGCUACACCCUGCACCGCUGGAGCAGCUUCUCCUCCACCUACCUGCCCGAGAAUAUUUUAGUGGACAAGCCUAAUGAUCAGUCUUCAAGGUGGUCUUCAGAAAGCAACUACCCUCCCCAGUAUUUGAUUCUGAAACUCGAAAGACCUGCCAUAGUCCAAAGUAUCACCUUUGGCAAAUAUGAGAAGACUCAUGUCUGCAAUUUAAAGAAGUUUAAAGUCUUUGGUGGGAUGAAUGAAGAAAACAUGACAGACCUAUUAUCCAGUGGCUUAAAGAAUGAUUAUAACAAAGAAACAUUCACCUUGAAGCAUAAAAUUGAUGAACAGAUGUUCCCCUGUCGAUUCAUUAAGAUAGUUCCACUGUUAUCAUGGGGGCCCAGCUUCAAUUUUAGUAUCUGGUAUGUUGAACUUAAUGGCAUUGAUGAUCCAGAUGUGGUCCAACCCUGCCUCAACUGGUACAGCAAGUACCGUGAACAGGAAGCCAUUCGUCUAUGUCUAAAGCAUUUUCGCCAGCACAACUACACUGAGGCUUUUGAAUCACUGCAGAAGAAAACCAAGAUUGCGCUAGAGCACCCAAUGUUGACAGAUCUGCAUGACAAACUAGUGCUGAAAGGAGACUUUGAUGCUUGUGAAGAAUUGAUAGAAAAAGCUGUAAAUGAUGGCUUGUUCAAUCAGUACAUCAGUCAGCAGGAAUACAAACCGCGUUGGGGUCAGAUUAUCCCCAAAAGUACCAAAGGUGAUGGAGAGGACAGCAGACCAGGAAUGAGAGGAGGCCAUCAGAUGGUCAUUGAUGUACAGACAGAAACUGUUUAUUUGUUUGGUGGCUGGGAUGGGACUCAGGAUCUGGGUGACUUCUGGGCAUACAGUGUGAAGGAAAACCAGUGGACCUGUAUAUCUAGAGAUACUGAAAAAGAGAAUGGUCCUAGUGCCAGAUCUUGUCACAAGAUGUGCAUCGAUAUUCAGCGAAGGCAAAUCUACACACUGGGCCGUUAUCUGGAUUCCUCCGUGAGGAACAGUAAAUCUCUGAAAAGCGAUUUCUACCGUUAUGACAUUGACACGAACACAUGGAUGUUGCUAAGUGAAGACACUGCAGCAGAUGGAGGUCCCAAGCUGGUGUUUGAUCAUCAGAUGUGUAUGGAUUCAGAAAAACACAUGAUCUAUACAUUUGGAGGUAGGAUUUUGACAUGUAAUGGCAGUGUAGAUGACAGCAGAGCCAGUGAACCUCAAUUUAGUGGAUUGUUUGCUUUUGACUGUCAAUGUCAAACAUGGAAACUGUUGAGAGAAGAUUCGUGUAAUGCUGGACCUGAGGACAUCCAAUCCAGAAUAGGACACUGCAUGUUAUUCCAUUCGAAAAACCGCUGCUUAUAUGUAUUUGGUGGGCAAAGAUCGAAGACUUAUUUGAAUGAUUUCUUCAGCUAUGAUGUUGACAGCGAUCACGUGGAUAUCAUAUCAGAUGGCACCAAGAAAGAUUCAGGGAUGGUUCCUAUGACAGGUUUCACUCAGAGAGCCACCAUUGAUCCAGAACUGAAUGAAAUCCAUGUGUUGUCUGGGCUCAGUAAAGACAAAGAGAAACGGGAAGAGAAUGUUAGGAACUCUUUCUGGAUUUAUGACAUUGUGAGGAACAGUUGGUCUUGUGUCUAUAAGAACGAUCAAGCAGCAAAAGAUAAUCCAAGUAAAAGCCUUCAGGAGGAGGAGCCCUGCCCCAGGUUUGCCCAUCAGCUGGUGUAUGAUGAGUUGCACAAGGUUCAUUAUUUGUUCGGAGGAAAUCCUGGCAAAUCCUGCUCUCCAAAGAUGAGGCUGGAUGACUUCUGGUCACUGAAGCUCUGUCGGCCUUCAAAGGAAUACCUGUUGAGACACUGCAAAUACCUCAUAAGAAAGCACAGGUUUGAAGAAAAGGCCCAAACUGAUCCACUCAGUGCACUGAAAUACUUACAGAAUGACUUGUAUGUAACUGUGGAUCAUUCUGACCCUGAGGAGACAAAAGAGUUUCAGCUUCUUGCUUCAGCACUGUUCAAGUCUGGUUCAGAUUUCACCACUCUGGGAUUUUCGGAUGUUGACCAUACCUAUGCGCAAAGAACUCAGCUCUUUGAUACGUUAGUAAAUUUCUUUCCUGACAACAUGACUCCUCCAAAAGGCAACCUGGUAGACCUCAUCACACUGUGACAGAAAAAUCACUGGACAUGUGAAAGAAGAAAAAAGCAUCCAUUUUCAGUAUUUUAAUUUUUUUUUACUGCAUUGAUUGACUGCUGUGUGCAGUAUAUAGUGACCCCUGGGUCUUUGAAUGGGGCUUUAUACUUGUAUAAUGAAUACCUGAGGUUUUUCCCCUUGUUGAAUUAGGCUAAUAAAAUGUAACUGACAUAAAAAUAUAUAUAUAAUAUAUAUAUAUUUUCUGAUUUUGAUUUAAGAGUUAGCAAAUGUAAGAAGAAGAAAUCAAUCAUGCAGUCAUCCUUUUUGCAUUUAGGGGAAAUGCUGAGAUAUUUCAGUCUCCUUGAAACUGAAGAUGGUUUUACUUUUUUUUUUUUAAAUGCCUCUUGCUUGAUUGUAACUAGUCAUGACAUUUGCUUUGCCCUACUGGCUUUAUUCACAGCAGUUGUGUAGCUUGGCAGCAGGACACUGCUGUACAUUAAGGUAAUGUGUGUCUUUAUUGACUUGAGUCCUGUAAUUGUAAUGUGCAGUGUGAAGGAGGAUAUGUCUCAAAUUUGCCACCCUCUUAUAGUCUGAGAAACUGACGAACACUAGCGUGUAAUUGGAUUUGCUAUAGAGUGUGAACAUAAAUAUUUAGCUGGUGCUACUGUAAAUGCCUGGCUUCCAUUCUCUGAAGCCUUCUACAUAAAGCUGGCAGUCAAGUUUGAACCUCAGAGAAACCUUUGAAAAUAGAGUGCAGGAGGUGCUGGUACAAGCAUUUCUUCAGGGAUGGUUUUAUGUCUGUGCCUCUCCUGUGCUGUUUUCAUGACAAACUUUGCAAGUCCUUGUAGAGUUCUACAGAAUUGGGUCUUCCACAUCCCCCAGGCACACGCUGCACCUCUACAGCACUUCAGUCUGGAUGCAGUUUUCCAAAGCAGCACGUCUGGGUUUACGUACAUGUUGGCUCUGUGCGUAUAUUUGUGUGUGAAUGUGAAAUUUAAUGAGGAUUGUUCGCAACAGCUUGUGUUUUGUCUUUGUCCUAUGUAGCACAGCUCAUUUAAGUGCAUCUUAGAAUUAUUCUGUGCACAAAGGCCUCUCCCCUCGUUUAAAGGGUGGAUUUAUUAAAAUAAGCUGAAUGCAUAUGUCCAGAAAGUGGACUUUAUUUUCUCCCUUGCAGAAAACGUUCUUUGUAUGUAGGCCAAAGGGCUUGGAGCUGCACUGUGUCCGUAAAGUAUAAUGAAGGACACAUGCACCUAGUGUUAGCAUAUACUUAAAUUCAGUGCCAGAAAGCAUGCAGUUCAAACUGGUUGAUAAAUUAUAUAAAGACUGUAGAGAUUCAUGUCUAGAGGGCCAACAGCCCAUAGGACAUGAAUCCUGAAUUUCCUGUGUCUGAGUAACUUUUUUCUCUGAAUUUACUGGAAGUAUUGUGUGUGCAGGGAUGAUGGAUUAGACUUUUUUUAAAUGAAAAGAAAUGACAGUGAAUAUUUUUUUCAUAGUUCUAGUAUUCCUGUGCUUUCAUUCAGUUAGUCCCUUUCUUCCUCACAUUUUGUUUCCAGUUUCAGUACAUUGGAAAUCAUGAUGAAAAAUUUGUAAUAAUAUUUAGCUUAUUAAGCUAUUAAACACCCAGAAAUUAACAGUACAUUAGAGGCUGGAUUUGCUUUAAAAACUAUGUGAUUAGACUUGACUCCUCCCCCCCCCCCCCCCUUCCCCGGAAAGGAUUAUAGAUGUAGGGCUUUUUUUUUUAGUUACCACUAACUUACUGUUGGGCAAGUAAGUUAAU